AUGCACUUUGAUGCACCAUUAUUGGCUGCGAAAAAUAUUAGGUAUGCGGUACUUUGCUGCCAGUCUUGGCUGUUGGCUGUCCACUAUGAAAAAUGGACUGCGAUCUCUCGGAAUGCUGAAAAAGCUUGGUCAGUGGCUCCCACAUGCAUUGAGCGACAGCAAUCGCCACAGACGCCUGGACACCUGCUCUCCAGAAGUCGCAGACUCGACUGGUUGGACACCAUUGUCACUGGAGAUGAAAAAUGGGCUCUCUAUGUCAACCACACCCACAAUCGUGCGUGGUGCGCUGGCGAUGAAAUGUCGGAUCCUUUCGUGAAAGGUGAAUUCCAUGAGAAGAAGGUCAGGGCUGAGCGUCUGUACCGUUUCAAACUGCUGCCGGACAACACGACAGUUACUGCCGAGGUCUACUGCGCCCAACUGCAAAAACGGGCCGACAAGAUCCGCAAGGAGCACCCGAAGCUCGACAACGUUCGCCUGCUGCACGAUAAUGCGCGCCUUCACAUCGCGAAGAAGACUUGCCAGAAAAUUCUGGAUGGGAAGUUCUACCGCACCCAUCGUAUAACCCGGACUUGGCCCCGAGCGACAACCACCUCUUCCGACCGCUUUAGCAUCACCUGGAAGGGAAGCUCUACGAUGAUCGUGACCACCUCGAAAAUGACUUUCGUGCUUCCUUCGCCUCCAAGUCGCCGGAGUUCUACGCCAAAGGAAUCCGUGAUCUUGUGA